AUGGCCGUGACGGCAAGACCAGAGGGCGGCUAUGGCGGACAGGGGACUGGCGGACGAGUGUCCGCCGGAUCUGGUGGACUGGGGUCUGGCGGCCUCGGGUCUGGCGGAUUGGGAUCUGGGGGACAAGGGUCCAACAGCCUAGGAGUUGGGGGACCUGGAAUUCAGGCUCGGUAUGUCCCCGCAACAUCUGGAGGACAGGGAGGCCAGUACGGCUCCGCCCCCGCCAAGUACAACUUCCAGUGGGACGUCAACGACCAGCCAUCAGGCAACUUCUACGGUCACGGAGAGCAGAGGGACGGAGACAACACCCAGGGCAGUUAUUAUGUCCAGCUGCCUGACAGUCGUCAACUGAAGGUUGAAUACUUCGUUGAUCAGUUCGGUUACCACCCCACCGUCACCUUCGAGGGCGAUGCCCAGUACCCCAGCGGGUCACAGAAGGGCUACUACCAGUAG